CAGACGCAGACCCGAGAGAGCUUUUGCCUGAAUCCGAGUUCCAAGGCUUGAGAGCUCUCACUUCAUAUUCCGUUUCGUCCACAAUCAUCACGCCUGACUCGCAAUUCCUGAGACGGAGAAGAAGAAUCUCUUGGGCGCGCUUGUUUCCAGCUAAUAUAUAUUCCCACGUGUCGAGCUAGCCGAUCAGAGCAGUCCAUGACGGAUCCGGACCUUCGAGCUCAGCGAGUGGUUGGAUAGGGUUUCUCGACUGACGGACCCUCGGAUCUCGGCGAUUCUGGCCUGAUCUGAUCCGAUCCGAUCCUGAGCGACGGGGAAUGGCCGGAGCGGUGUCGGCGCUGUUUCUCCUGGACAUCAAGGGGCGCGUCCUCGUUUGGCGCGACUACCGCGGCGAUGUCUCCGCCGUCCAGGCCGAGCGCUUCUUCACCAAGCUCAUCGAGAAAGAGGGUGAUCCACAGUCUCAGGAUCCAGUCGUGUAUGAUAAUGGCGUCACCUAUAUGUUUAUACAGCAUAGCAAUGUUUACUUGAUGGUAGCGGCACGGCAGAACUGCAAUGCCGCCAGCCUUCUUUUUUUCCUACACCGUGUUGUUGAUGUAUUCAAGCAUUAUUUCGAGGAACUAGAGGAGGAAUCGCUUAGAGAUAACUUUGUAGUUGUGUAUGAAUUACUCGAUGAAAUGAUGGACUUCGGUUACCCUCAGUAUACUGAAGCAAAAAUUCUAAGUGAGUUCAUCAAGACUGAUGCUUAUAGAAUGGAAGUAACUCAAAGACCUCCCAUGGCUGUAACGAAUGCAGUUUCUUGGCGUAGUGAAGGGAUACGAUAUAAGAAGAAUGAAGUAUUCUUGGAUGUUGUGGAGAGUGUCAAUAUACUUGUCAAUAGCAACGGGCAAAUUAUCAGAUCGGAUGUGGUUGGAGCCUUGAAAAUGAGAACGUAUCUGAGUGGCAUGCCAGAGUGCAAGCUUGGCCUAAAUGAUAGAGUAUUAUUGGAAGCCCAAGGUCGAACAACAAAGGGAAAGGCAAUUGAUUUGGAUGACAUAAAAUUCCAUCAGUGUGUACGCUUGGCUCGCUUCGAAAAUGAUAGGACAAUCUCCUUUAUACCACCUGAUGGAUCUUUUGACCUUAUGACAUACAGACUUAGUACUCAGGUAAAGCCACUUAUCUGGGUGGAAGCCCAAGUCGAAAGGCAUUCAAGAAGUCGAAUUGAGAUCAUGGUAAAAGCUAGGAGCCAGUUCAAGGAGCGGAGUACUGCUACAAACGUUGAAAUUGAGUUGCCAGUUCCUGCUGAUUCUACAAAUCCUAAUGUUCGAACUUCAAUGGGUUCUGCGUCAUAUGCACCAGAAAAUGAUGCACUUGUCUGGAAAAUAAAAUCCUUUCCUGGUGGCAAGGAGUAUAUGUUGAGAGCUGAGUUCAGUCUACCGAGUAUAACAGCCGAAGAAGCAACUCCUGAGAGGAAGGCCCCCAUACGCGUGAAGUUUGAGAUACCAUAUUUCACUGUCUCUGGCAUACAGGUGCGGUACCUGAAGAUUAUUGAGAAGAGCGGCUACCAAGCUCUUCCCUGGGUCAGAUACAUUACAAUGGCAGGCGAGUAUGAACUGAGGCUUAUUUGAUGGCAGAUUUACCAGACAUGCUAAAACUGAUGGACAAGGACAGAAGCUUCAGAAAAUGUGAGGUUUUGAAGAGUUGGUUUGAUGCGGAUCAUAUUGGCUUUCUUGUUUUUCAACGUUUUAUAACUAUUCUUUUGGUUGGGCUUAAUUGUUGUCGGUUCCCCAAAUAUGUAGUACUACAUAUUUUUGAUAGAAUUACCAUUUCGUUAAUGUGAAUGAAUCUGCUGUUGAGAUCUUUCAAUUCA